GAGUGUCAUCCACAGCCGCCAGCAUGUGGCCUGGCUUUAGGUAACACCAGAAUUAUGGGAGGCCAAGAAUCGGCUCCAGGAAUUUGGCCCUGGCAAGUCAGUUUAAACACUGAUGAAGGUCCCUUAUGUGCAGGGUCCCUAAUUACCAACCAGUGGGUGCUGACAGCAGCUCACUGCCUAAGAAGGGACCCGGACACGAUAAAGGUUUUUCUGGGUCGCAACAGCCAGUCAGGUCCAAACCCCAAUGAAGUGUCGCGAACGAUUCAUCAGGUCAGGUGUCAUCAGUCAUUUGAGGUCCUGACCAACAACAACGACAUAUGUCUUCUGAAGCUGUCUGCCCCUGUGAAUAAUAACGACCACAUAAAUCCGAUCUGCUUAGCCUCAGCAGACAGCACUUUCCACUCCGGGAUUAGCAGCUGGGUCGCCGGUUGGGGUACUACUGCUUAUGAUAACUCUUCAGACAUCCUUCGGGACGCGAAUUUACCAAUAGUUGGAAACCAUGAGUGCAAGUGCUCCCAUCAUUUACUCACAGAGAACAUGAUCUGUGCUGGCCUCAGAGCUGGAGGGAAGGAUGCAUGUCGGGGAGACUCAGGGGCACCACUGGUGACCAAACAUGAUUCUAUUUGGAUCCAGAGUGGAAUUGUAAGUUAUGGCGAAGGUUGCGCCGAGCCUAUGAAUCCCGGAGUUUACACCCGUGUCUCGAAAUACCAGGAAUGGAUCAGCAAAGUCACCGGCAGCAGCAAACCAGGCUUUGUUACCUUCAACUCCUCAGGAGUUGACAAUGACUCAAACUAUACCUGUGCAACAUCACAUCACAAAACUACCAGCACCACAACUGCUAGUGCCCAGUCACAUCUGUUGCUUUCUCCCAACGCCGAUAACACGAACAAGGGUGGCAAGAUUGAGGCUAGGGCGAGUGUCAAUGUAGCCGAUAGUGUUGAAAACAUGAUCCACUUCUGCCACUUCACUCACUUCAUCGCAAUCUGUGUUGUAGGUCUUUUGUUGACAUGAACAUUAAGGUGUAGAACUAUUUACAGUUCAAAGUUUUUGUGCUUGUGAAGUGAAGACUUUCAUUUACUGGUACUGCCAACAACAAAACAAAACCCUUUUUUAUGAAUAUACUGCGGUAAAAGUUGGAUUUGGAAUUAAUCAAAUUCAAUUGUUGUUUGAGGUACUUAUGACUGACUAUGGAUAAGUACCUCACACAGCCCCGCUUCAAAAAGCCCAAACUAUCUCAAACAUAUGAGAAGCACUGUGUAACUACCAUCUCUGGUGGAAAGUUUCAAUCCCGUUUCACCUGGGUGUUGUCAGAAAUGCGUCCUGUUUGUAAGAAAACUCAUCAGUGAUGUGCUGGUUUGACAUGUUGAACCACUGGAGGGCAGCAAAAACAAUACUAGAGGUGUUGAAUCCCUGAAGUUUAAAUAUAAUGUUAGAUUUUUUAUCAUUCCCCAAUGGGGAAACUCUUCUUUUGCUCAGUUUUUAGACAUGAUCCUGGCUUGUGAAGAAAUGUUUGUUUCCAGACAUGUUUUAUAAUGAAAAUGUACAAUUAACAUUGUUCUUCAAUUAUUUUGGUGAAUGUUAUUUAUACAUUCAGUGAUGGAGCAACCUUAGCUUUUAUUCUUAAUGUGUCAGGCCACCUGAUAAAUGCCAGAAUAAAUCGUCCACUAUAGUUACUGAUUCCUUUAACAGAUUAAAAAAAUAUUUGAAAUUACAACACUGUUAAAAGCCUUUUUGUCUGAUUGGGUCCCAUUUUUAUGAGCUGUUAGCAGUUCAUGUCCAAAAGGACUGAGUGAUUGCUUUUUAUUAUUUUUACUUUCUUAUUAUUGUGACACAAACAGAGCCAGUGUCGAUGUAAAUGCAAUAGAUUAGUGCUGUUUCUCAUUUGAAAAUGAAACGUGCCUGCAGAAUCAAUCAGGUGGAAGAUGACAUGCAUCGAUUACAGGUGCUGGAGCACUCAUUAGGUGUGUGUAUGUGUAAUUCCCACUCUCAUUAUGUGUGUAGGCAUGUGGUUUUGUGUAUUUCUGAAUCACAUGGGCCUUAAAUGUCCUUCAAGGGUCACAAACCUCCGCUGAAAUUAAACAUAAUUAGGCCAGAUGUACUUUAUUUUUCAUUUGAAAUAUUCACACAUGAAUGCGACUACUGUCCUCAACAGGCCACUGUUGAUAAUUUGUGACAAAUCCGCGUUCCAAUAUGUUCUGGGUGGCUGAUCGGAAAAUUAACUAGCAAGCAGCCCGGAGCAACAGAAACGGUCUCAUUGUUAUUCUGUGGCUGUGAUGGUGCGUUAUUAUUUUAGUCUCUGGUGUAAAUUGUGUAGUUGUGGACGUUUCUUACAUUGUAGCUCAAAGAAAAACAUAAAGCAAAUCUGACUCAGGGGUGCGAAACACACACCCGAAAAUAAAGUUGAUUUAAAGGAACUUUGUUUCGGUGUGUCACUCCAAGCAAGAUCACUCAUUUUGAUUAUCUGAAAACU